UGAUGGUGUUAGAAACAUGGCAGCAGACGAAGAAGUCGUUGAAUCUAUGGAAAUUGAUGAAAUUCCGUCAACGAGUAAGCAAAAUGUGCCUGCAAAAGGAAAGUCCACGAAACUAUCACAUCUACCAUGGAUUGAAAAAUAUCGUCCACAAGUGUUUACUGACAUCGUUGGAAAUGAAGACACAGUGGCUCGACUGUCAGUAUUUGCACAGCAUGGAAAUGCUCCGAAUAUCAUCAUCGCUGGACCACCUGGUGUAGGCAAAACCACCACAAUCCUUUGUCUCGCUAGGAUUCUGCUGGGUCCAUCUUUCAAGGACUGUGUACUUGAGCUCAAUGCUUCUAAUGAUCGAGGAAUCGAUGUUGUCAGGAAUAAAAUUAAGCUGUUUGCACAAAAGAAGGUCAAUCUUCCUAAAGGAAAACACAAGAUAAUCAUUCUCGAUGAAGCUGAUAGCAUGACUGAUGGUGCUCAGCAGGCGUUACGACGCACAAUGGAGAUUUACAGUCAUACAACGAGAUUUGCACUUGCCUGCAAUAACAGCGAGAAAAUUAUUGAACCCAUCCAGUCAAGAUGUGCCAUGCUGCGUUAUGGAAAGCUGAGUGAUGCACAGGUUUUGGCCAAAGUGAUUGAAAUUUGUCAGAAGGAAAACGUGUCGUAUACUGAUGAUGGCCUUGAAGCAAUUGUCUUUACCGCUCAGGGAGAUAUGAGACAGGCAUUAAAUAAUCUUCAGUCAACUCACAAUGGAUUUGGUCACGUUAACAACGAAAAUGUUUUCAAAGUUUGUGAUGAACCUCAUCCACUUUUGGUUAAAGAAAUGCUCAACUUUUGCGCUCAGAAAGACAUUACUAAAGCUUAUGGGGUUUUAGAUCAAUUAUGGAAAAUGGGAUAUUCAGCAGAGGAUUUGAUCACCAAUAUUUUCAGAGUUUGCAAAAAUCUUGGUAUUGACGAGCCCAUGAAAUUGAAUUUCGUGAAGGAAAUCGGUAUUACACAUUUGGGAAUAGUUGACGGAUUAAACAGCCUUCUACAACUUCACAGUCUUCUGGCAAGACUUUGUCGUCAAGCCUCAGCGCAAUUAAAGAAUGCACAGGUUACACACUAAAUUCUUCUUAGCCUUAAGUAUUUUUUCAUACAGAAAUAAACAUUAUAUUUAUAUAUUCAUAAAAAAUUCUGUUCCUCUUUCAUAAUCUAUAAUACUAAAGAUGGUCGAAUAUAACUGCAAAAUAAGGA